AUGGCGCAAUUUGAUGAGAAGGAGAGCAAGUUAGAAGGAGUGACACGAAUGACAGAGAAAAGAACCGGAAAAGAAGGUCAGUUAGAUGAUGUGUUAUUGAAACUGGGCUCACCUGGUCGAUACCACGUGAUUUGUUAUCUCCUUUUAUGGUGUUGCAAUGCAUUCGUUGCGUUUAACCACGUGUCAUUGCCGUCAACAUUUGGUAUCACACCUUCACAUCGGUCAACCUCGUACCCAGGGUUUUUCUACGUCUAUGAUAUUCUGACGGGAUGGUUUCGUAAUAGCCCUGAGAGUUAUGGAAAGAAAAUAGGAUGUGCCUUGCAAAAUGGUAGACCGAACACGAUCUGUUCAGUUCACAACGUACCUAUUUUAGUCUCGUUAAAAAAAAACACCCAUCUUCCACAAAAAAUGGCAUGUCGAUAUGUCGUCCUUGCCAUGAGACCAAAUGGCAAAAAAAUCAACAUUAUUUCAUUUUCGGAUAUUUUUGCAUGGAACUUGGUAUGCGAUAAUAAUUUCUACCCUAUGGUAUCUACAACAGUUUAUUUCAUCGGUGUGAUGAUUGGCGGAGGGACAAUUGGUCGGGUAUCUGAUCGUUAUGGUAGAAGACCAGUACUUCUCAUCUCUUUAGGAUUGGCAAUCAUAUUCUUUGCAGUUGCUUCACUGAUAAAAAAUUUCAUCCUGUUUACAUUAUUGCGUUUUUUUGGUGGUAUAUUCGCUUGUGGGGUCCACAGUAUUGUGUAUGUGAUGACGCCCGAACUAGCACCAAAGAAGCAUAAUAAUUACCUUUCUUUACUUCUUAUUUUUUCUUUCCUGACAUCCGUUGCUGCUGGAGGCGGUAUAUGUUGGGCAACGAAAAGUUGGUGGCAGUCACAACUCUACACAUCUUUAUCUCUGGUUAUACCGCUAUGCCUGAUGUAUUUCUUUCUUCCUGAAUCAUUUCGAUGGCUUGUCGUUCAUAAGAAAUAUACACUACUUAAUCAAUAUCUGACAAAAGCUGCAAAGAUGAAUAAUGUGACUUUACUUUCACUGUCAGUUAUCCACAGUGGCGAAACUAUCAAAGGUGUGAAACCGAUAAACAGAAAACGAAUAUCAACAAAAAAGUUGUUUUCAUACAAAGAGCUUCGAAGAAGAUUACUGGCCAUGUUUUUUGCUUGGUCAAAGAAUGCAUGCACGUUUAUAAACAUUAGCCCAAAAAACAAAUAUGUUGAGAUUUGGACAUCAGCAGCUAUUGGAUAUUACACACUAUCCCUGUCCAUGGAAUCCGUCUCUUUAGAUCCGUACUUAGCUGUAAUGAUCGGAGCUUGUUUCGAUACUGUUCCGGUAGUGAUAGCCUUCUUUACCUUGAAUAGGUCAUUUUGUUGUCAUAAACAGUGUGCGCAUUCAGCUAAUCUACAACACUUUAUGGUUUGGAAAAAGACGUGUAAUACUGGCUUUUAUGAUUAUUGCUCUACUGUUAGCAGGGAAAAUGUUUUUCGCUCCAACAUUUGGCUUGGUAUACGUUUAUUGUGUGGACCUCUUCCCUACUAUCGUUCGGUAAUAAAUGUUUCGUCGCAAAUAUUAGAAAAUCGAUAA